AUUAGCAUUAUACAAACUGACACAAUUGUGGCAAAAGCACGAUCAGUGCAAAGCCACAAUAUAAACGUAAUUUCAACAAAAAUUUGGAAAUAAAAUACUAAAAUUAUACGUGUAUAUUAUGAGAAAAAAGUAAAGUAAAAUAAUUUUGAAUUUAUAAAAAAAACUGCAAAAGCGUUAAAAAUCAAAAUGGCAGCGCCAAAAGGUCCUCCACCACCUGCUCAGUCAUUCAAUUUGAUUCCAAAAAUCGUCAAUGGCGGUAUCGCGGGUAUUGUGGGUGUCUCCAUAGUGUUUCCAUUGGAUUUAGUAAAGACAAGACUUCAGAAUCAAACGAUCGGACCAAAUGGCGAGAAGCAAUAUAAAAACAUGUUAGAUUGCUUCAAGCAGACAUACCGAGCAGAAGGCUAUUUCGGCAUGUACCGAGGGUCUGGUGUCAACAUCCUGCUGAUCACUCCAGAGAAAGCUAUUAAACUGGCUGCUAAUGACUUUUUCCGCUUCCAAUUGUCCAAGCCAGAUGGAACCAUACCGAUCCCAAAUCAAAUGCUUGCUGGUGGUUCAGCUGGGGCGUGUCAGAUUAUCAUCACCACGCCUAUGGAGCUCUUAAAAAUCCAAAUGCAGGACGCUGGUCGAGUUGCAGCACAAAUCAAAGCCGCGGGCGGUAAAGUGGGUAAGCGUGUCACAGCCUGGGAACUAACCAGAAAAUUAGUUGCUGAAAAAGGUAUUUUGGGGUUGUAUAAGGGCGUGACGGCGACAGCGGCUCGAGACAUCUCCUUCAGUGUAGUCUACUUCCCCACAUUCGCAAUCCUAAGCAAACUGGGUAUUCAGAACCCACAAGACUUAACACCACCUUUCUGGUGGUCCUUCCUUUCGGGCUGUAUGGCGGGAUCUAGCGCGGCUUUGGCCGUCAAUCCUAUGGACGUGGUUAAGACCCGCAUGCAAACACUCACUAAAGGCAGCGGCGAACGACAAUAUUCGGGGAUCGUGGAUUGCAUUACGUCCACGCUGCGGCACGAGGGUCCGACUGCGUUCUUCAAGGGUGGCGCUUGCCGUAUGAUCGUGAUCGCUCCUCUGUUCGGUAUCGCGCAGACGGUCUACUACCUCGGCAUCGCGGAGUACAUUCUAGGGUACAAUCGCAGUAAAGCUGUCUGAACACACUUCCGAACUUUAUGUCUGUUCAUAGAUGAAUUUUAUUUCCAUUUCACUUUACAAUACUUAUUUAUUUGUAUACAACUUUACGACAUUUGUUUAAGAAUUUAUCUUUUUGUUUGUGUAUAUUUAUUUCUAUGCAUUAGUUAAAUUUUUUGUUGAUAAGAGAAUGUACUAAUCUCUAAGCGCCUGUUUCACUUCAUAUAAGUAUCCGAUAAAUUUUUGUGACAGAUAGUUCAUACACAUCGUCAUGAAUUCGUUAAUUGUUCGUCUGGCACGUAGCGGAUGAAACAGGCAGUUAAUGUAUUAAUAAUGAUAUUAGAGAAUUUCUGUACUAUUUAUAACAUGAUCAUGUUCUGUAAGAUUUACCUCAAAUAUAUUAUUUAGUUAAUCUCAUCUAUUCAUCAUGUUUGUGUGUUGAACUGCUAGUAAUACUAUAUGCUUACAGAUCACUGUUGUCACAUGAGACAAUCGUAACAUGACAUUUGAAACUUGUAUUCUUACAUAAUUUUAAGCCUCUCUCCAUAUUCAUGAUAGUUGCUAUAAAACAUAUGUACAACUAAGCUAAACUUUCUUUAUUCAAAAAUUUUUGGAUGACUUGGAAUGUGAAUUAUGCCGAAAUGCAAAAACACGAGGGAAGGUCUUAUAAAAUAUUAUUAUAACAAAUAACCAUGAUGUAUGUUAACCAGUUAUGUUUAGUAAUGAAAGACGAAACCUAUUUUUGGGCCUAGCCUGUACUCGAAUCAGAUAAUAAGUGAACAAAGUCACCGUGAGACCGUGUCGUAGUAAUUUCAAUUAUAAACUGUUGUAUGUGAUACAUCGCCAAAA